CGGGCCCAGCCAGUGCUGGAUACAGAGAGGUACAAGGCUCAACCUGGCUGAUAGAUGAUGCUCCCUGCAGAUAGGAGGACUGCUGACAUGGGGCCCCUGCAGCCUCUUCAUGGUUGACGUCACUGCAGCCGCCGGUUGCACUUUUACACCACAAGGAUGGAGAAUGAGCCCCCAAACACCGCCACACCCUGCAGCAGCAGCAGUCGCCCAGUGAACCCCUCAGGACCGGCGUACAGCGGGAUCCCAGACCGCCAGACAGUACAGGUGAUCCAACAGGCUCUGACUCGCCAGCCCAACACAGCAGCGCAGUAUCUGCAGCAGAUGUAUGCGGCGCAGCAACAGCACCUAAUGCUGCAAACUGCAGCGCUACAACAGCAGCAGCAGCAGCAGCACCUGAACAGCACGCAACUGCAGAACCUGGCCGCAGCGCAGCAAGCCCAGCAAGCCAGCCUGGCGGCAAGCAGAGCUCCCCCUGCUGUCAGCUCCUCACAGCAGAAUCCAUCCCAGCCACUGACGCAGAUUAGUCUCACCACCUCUCCUCAGAUCAUCCAGCGUCCACAGACUGUCAGCUCCGCACCUCCACCAUCCUCAGGUAUCACUCAGCAGGCUGUGCUCCUGGGAAAUGCUUCAUCUCCAGCCCUGAGCACCAACCAGGCACAGAUGUAUCUGCGAGCACAAAUGCUGAUCUUUACCCCGACUGCCACUGUGAGCAACAUCCCAUCUGAGGUCAGUCCAGGAUCCACCACUCAGGUACAGAAUUUUGCAGUGCGAGGAGGAGGCACAACCCAGUCACAGUUUCCCAGUCUAGCCAUGAAGCCAGCCACAGCCACCAUUAACCCUCACCCAGUGACAACUGCAGCACAGACCAAAACGACACAAAGUGCGACCUCAGCUGAGAGCCAGAGCGUGGACAGCCGGGUGACAGCAAGCAAGACCCUGGUACCCGUGACAGCGCAUCCGCUCAUCACUCAAGCCUGCUCCCCGCAGCUCGUACAGCCACAGAAGCCGCUGCAUAUUCAGCCUCGCCCGAUACUGCCCCUCACCCAGGUCAGCUCAUCAGCCCAGUAUCUGGGCUCUCCACCCAUCACAUCCCUGGCAGCGCUGGAACCGCCAUCCACAUGUGCCGAGACCAAUGGGCACAGACAGAGCCCGUCCUUGUGCGCCAGCCUCGCAGGACAUGAAGUGACCGUAGCCCGCAAGCUUGUCCCAGUCACCUCGGCGGUCAUCUUGCAGAUCCCGGCUGCUCUGGGCUCGACUCCUCCGACCGCAACCAACGUCUACAAACAUUACUCGUCUAUCAGCCCGACCCUGGUGAAGGCGCCAGUCCAUGCCGCCGCUGUGUCCAUCAACAGAGCUCCAGACCGUUACCAGGCUCACGACUCCGCUUACACAGGCGUGCCAGCCUCUGACUCUUGCCCUCCACUGGACAUGACAUCAGGGAAUGGUUCAUCUCCUAUUCCAGCCGCCGCCACCGGCAACACCCACCAGAACGGUGAGAACAAACCGCCGCAGGCUGUGGUCAAACCGCAAAUCCUCACUCAUGUCAUCGAGGGCUUCGUGAUCCAAGAGGGAGGCCAGCCGUUCCCGUCGUCGCACAGGAGCCGAGCUGUCCUCGAGGUGGGGCGCUCUUCUCUGCUUGUGGGACCACAGGAGAAGCAUCAGCAGGUACCUCUUCCAGAAAAAGUACCCCAACAAGAAACAAACACGACAACCACAACAACAGACUCUGAGAUGGAGGAAACCUUUGUAGCAGCAUCCAAAGAAGAAGGUGAUCCCCCCAAACUGAAGUGUGAGCUCUGCGGUCGAGUGGACUUUGAGUACAAAUUUAAACGCUCUAAGCGGUUCUGUUCUAUGGCAUGUGCAAAAAGGUAUAAUGUGGGAUGCACUAAACGUGUUGGCCUAUUUCAUCCUGACCGCAGCAAGCUACAGAAACCUGCAGGAGCCAAGCACUCGUGGCGGAGAUCACGCAAGGGCAACCUGCAGAGUCCGGGCACGGAAAGCACGAUGCAGAUAUCUGAACCCAUCACACCCAUCAGUAUAACGCCCCAGACUACUACCUCCAACCUCAAACACAGCAACAGCCAGGAGGACUCCAGCCGCUACUCCGACAACUCCAGCUAUGAAGAGCCAUUAUCUCCCAUGUCUGCCAGCUCGUCCCUCUCUCGCCAACGUCGCAACGAUCGGGGACUGGAGCUGACGGACCUGCAUAGGGGAGACCUGAUAUCGGUGAACCACAACUUCUUACCAAGUGACCCAGCUAAGUGGAAUGUGGAAGACGUCUACGAGUUCAUCCGGUCCUUGCCAGGUUGUCAGGAGAUCUCUGAAGAGUUCCGUGCACAGGAGAUUGAUGGCCAGGCCCUGCUACUCCUCAAAGAGGAUCAUUUAAUGAGCACCAUGAACAUUAAACUGGGGCCAGCCCUAAAGCUGUAUGCCCGGAUCAGCAUGCUGAAAGAUUCCUAACCGUUGGGGUGACUCCUCCUCUUCGGAUACUGAACGGAGCAGUAUCUGGACCGAGGAAGCCGACAUCUGCAGGGGUAUUGUGAUAACCAGGAAUUGACAUGGGCUGGGAACUGCGUUAUUUAUAGGAGUUUUCCUCAUUUUGUAUAUUUUUAUGACCAAAUACUCUAUUUUAUAAGGAUCCUCACAUUUUUCAUCAAAAAUGAAUUUGUAGAUUUGUACCUGCCUGAUAUUUCAUUUAUUUUUUUUUAGAAGCGUUUUUCCGCAUUUUCCUCACAAAGGUCCGGCCUCAUUUCCUGCAGCAGUGAGGUCCCAGCGAGUACGACAAUGGGAUCAGUGGUAAAAAGGGGCGAUGGCGGUGACCACUCCCAUCGUCUUCUACUUCAUUGCAAUUCACAUUGACCUCUACAGGUGAAACUCGAAAAAUUCGAAUAUCGUGCAAAAGUCCAUUUAUGUCAGUAAUGCAAAUUAAAAGG